AUGGCUAUGCCCUCGGUGCUGAAGGACGAACAGGGUCGCCCGUUCAUCGUUGUUCGAGAGUGCGUCCGCCAAUCCGCUUUGGAUAUUCGCCAGGGGAAGAAGAAGAGACAACAUGGUACCGACGCCGUCAAGUCGCACAUUGUUGCUGCCAAGACGGUGGCCAACAUUGUCAAGACUUCUCUGGGUCCCCGUGGACUGGAUAAAAUUCUCAUCUCCCCGGACGGCGAUAUCACGGUUACCAACGAUGGCGCAACGAUUCUCUCCCAGAUGGAGGUUACAAACAACGUCGCCAAGUUGCUGGUCGAACUUUCCAAGUCGCAGGAUGAGGAGAUCGGUGAUGGGACAACCGGUGUCGUGGUGUUGGCAGCGGCCAUGCUGGAGCAGGCUUCGGAGCUGAUUGACAAGGGCAUCCACCCCAUCCGGAUAGCGGAUGGCUACGACCAGGCCUGUGAGAUUGCCGUUGCAGAGCUCGACAAGAUCAGUGACGAAAUCCCCUUCACCCGUGAUGAUACCACCAACCUCCUGCAAGUUGCCAAGACCAGUCUGGGCAGCAAGAUUGUCUCCAAAUCUCAUGACCAGUUUGCGAAGAUUGCUGUCGAUGCCGUGCUCUCGGUUGCGGACCUGCAGCGCAAGGAUGUUGACUUCGAGUUGAUCAAGGUGGACGGCAAGGUCGGAGGUGCUCUCGAGGACUCUCUGCUUGUCAACGGUGUCAUUGUGGAUAAAGAUUUCUCGCACCCCCAGAUGCCCGACGAGGUUCAGGACGCCAAGCUGGCAAUCCUCACCUGUCCCUUCGAGCCUCCGAAGCCCAAAACCAAGCACAAGCUCGACAUCACCUCAGUUGAGGAAUUCAAGAAGCUGCAAGACUAUGAGCAGGAGAAGUUCACGGAGAUGAUUCAGCAGCUGAAGGAUUCGGGUGCUAACCUGGUCAUUUGCCAAUGGGGUUUCGACGAUGAGGCCAACCAUCUUCUGCUCCAGAACAACCUGCCCGCUGUGCGGUGGGUUGGUGGUCCUGAGAUCGAGCUGAUUGCCAUUGCCACAAACGGCCGAAUCGUGCCGCGGUUUGAGGACCUGAGCUCGGAGAAGCUGGGCACGGCGGGUCGCGUCCGCGAGAUGACCUUCGGAACCACGAGAGAGAAGAUGCUGGUGAUUGAAGAGUGUGCCAACAGCCGGGCUGUGACUGUCUUCAUCCGCGGAAGCAACAAGAUGAUUAUCGAUGAGGCCAAGCGGUCAUUACACGAUGCGCUGUGUGUGGUUCGCAACCUGGUCCGCGACAACCGUGUGGUGUAUGGCGGUGGUGCAGCGGAGAUCGCUUGCUCUCUGGCCGUUGAGGAUGCCGCUGUGAAGAGCCCUGGAAUCGAGCAGUAUGCCAUGCGCGCCUUCUGCGAUGCCCUCGAUGCCGUGCCGCUGGCGCUGGCCGAGAACUCGGGUCUAAGCCCCAUCGAGACUCUCGCCUCGAUCAAGUCGCGCCAGGUCAAGGAGAAGAACUCGCGUCUGGGCGUUGACUGCAUGAUGACUGGCAGCAACGACAUGAGGGAGCACUUCGCCAUUGACCCGUUGAUCGGAAAGCGCCAGCAGCUCCUGCUUGCCACCCAACUGUGCCGCAUGGUUCUGAAGAUCAACAACGUCAUCAUCGCCGGGGACGAAGAGCAAGAAUUCUAG